AUGCCUGGCACCAGCCUGGUAGUUCCUGUCGUGCUCUGGGGAAAACAUGCCCCCACACAUUGUAUAUCCUGCAUUUACUUUUCCAAGGACCUCAAGACCUUGGCUACUGGGUGUUAUGAUGGCCAGAUAUGUCUAUGGCAAGUUGACCCAGAUACUCUUCACAUGACCCCCAGAUGUCUUCUGGUGGGUCAUACUGCUCCAAUUCUGUGUAUAUCCAGGGCCUCCAUGGUACCUGAUAAUGACUAUAUUGUCUCCAGCUCAGAAGCUGGUGAGAUGUGCACUUGGGACCUUGUAGAUGGAAAAUGCAGGGAAGCAGUGAAACUCCAGCAAGUUCAUACAAAUAUGCAAGCCUAUCACAUGUGCAACUGUGAGGAUCUUCGUCUGUUUUGCAAUGGAUAUUAUCCUGAGAUCAUAGUCAUGGAUCCUUUCAGCUUAGAAAUCCUCUUCAUGCUCUCAUCUAAACAAAACCCUGAUUGGAUAAGUGCUCUGCAUAUUUCUAAUCGGCCAAAUACAAAUUUUCUUUUCCCACCUAAGACUUCAGUACGAUAUAGUCACCAAGCCAUCUUCGGACGGCCGAAAGUGCCAGAAAACGGCGAUAAUCCACGCGAAUUAUCACUUUUCCAAUAG